UUUAAAAGAUACAAAGUUUACACUAACCUAUGAACUACACCACACGUGUUUCGUCAAUUGACUAGUGUUUUUAAGAAGUCAUUAAUUCUUUCCAAUAUUAUAGUACGCUUCUCAAUUGUUACAAGUUUAUGUGGUUUAUUGAACAUUCAUAAAGACAUGGGAUAAUUUAUUAAAAUGAAAAAUUCAGUUAGAUAUAAUGUGAAAUUCGUAUGAAACACAACAUACUAUGUAAUUCACAUAGCAUUCAACGACAUGUCUAUAUCACGAAAAAAGUCCUAUAGAAAGACCAGUACCGGGAGUGGAAAGAAUUUUAUCGGAGACGUAACUAUUGACGAUUUCGCCAAUUCAUCGCGGACCCAUGCAAGACUUAAAAAGGCCGCGAUUAAUGUAUCGUCAGAAGUGCAACAUAAGGAAAUAACAGAAGACAAAGUAUGGAAUGAAACACAUUCACCCGAUACAGAUAACUCCAAGAAAAGCAGUAAAGGUACGUUGAUGAGUCAAACAAAAUACAUAGAAGGAACAGCGUCUAAACCGUCCCAAAUGGAGGAAGAAGAAGGUAUAGAUUAUCCAUUGGACGUAUGGUUCAUUAUAUCUGAAUAUAUAAGUCCAGAGGCUGUAGGUAAAUUUGCUCGAAUAUGUAAAAGUUCUUAUCACGUAACUACAACUGGCAAAUUUUGGCUCCACUUAUAUAAAACUUAUUAUAAACCUGUACCUGGUUUACCAGAACGUCUUAAGCCACAUUUUAUGGUUCGCAUGCACGGAUUACGUGCUUGUGUUAUUAGGACAUUGCAUCAUACUUAUUUUGCUUCGAAAAGAGAUGUAGAUAGUUCUAUUCGACUUCCAUUAUUCCACUCCUUCGAACAAGAUGAGCCUCAUUCUCUUGUAAAAAGGAAAUGUUGUCUUAUGUGGCACAAAGUGAGCAAUGAAAAUAAAGGAAAAUUGUUGUGCUAUUUUUAUUUUAAAUUAAAAGAAGUACCAAAAUCGACCAGGAACUCAAUAAAAGAGAAACCUAAAGUAAAUGGUAGAAAGACAGAAUUUCUUGAAAUGUUGGAAGAUGUAGCUGUAAAUCCGGAAGAGGGUUGUAAACUACUUAGGGUAGCUUGUUCAAGGUAUAGUCUGUUACCACCAGUAACCGGACUGAUUUUACAAAAGGUAUCAGUGACUUUAAUGCAAGGUUUUAAAAAUAACAGAUUACAGUUGGGUUUUGGAACAUCCGAUGUUCCUAAUACAUUAACGCACCAAGUGAUAUUAAAUGAUGUCGUCAAGUGGCAAGUUCUGAACUGGUGGCAUCCAUCCUAUCCCCAUGAAGAUAAGCUUACUACCAUUGAAUUACCGUACAGUGAUUUUUGGGAUGAGAACUUAACAUAAACAAAUACUGUAUCUUCUGCUGAAGAGAAUAGAACGUACCAUACGUUUUGUAUAAUACCAUGUUCGUGUAAAUAAUAUAUUAAAUGUCUGUUACGUAAAUUUUUAUUUGAAUAUUUGUAUUUUUUUUUAAGUUAUUUGUAAUCACUUAAAAGAGGAUAAAUAACAAAAAAAGGAUUUAAUAUUAAAUAAAGAAUAAGCUAAUUUUUUCAUUGCGAAUAUUAUGUACAAAGUAUGUACAUUAAAUAAGUACAUUUAACAACAGUAAAGAAGUAGCAUCAACGAAGACUGUGAAAACUUGUUUCAAAUAUUUAUAAACAAAUCUAAAAGGGAGAAGGAAAAAAUAUUAUCUUUUAGUCGCUGCUUCAACAGUAUGUAACAGUUCUUCCACGUAGCGCACAUUUGAAGUUGCAAUUUCGAUUUCAGCAAUCUAAAAUAUAAAUAAUGUAAAAAAACUCUUUGUUAAAACAGAAUAAAUCUUUGUAAUAAAUCUUACCAUAUUGAUAUAAGCUUGUACAUCAACUUGCAAUUGAAUACGUAUUUUUUCAUCAUCACUAACUCCUUGAACUUCAGAAGAAAGAGUACCUGUGGAUUUAUCGCGUAUUUUUUUCAAUCUUCGUAGACUCUCUUCAGUCUUUUGAACUGACGUUAAAA